UCGCCAUGUCGUACAUGUUGCCACAUCUGACCAAUGGCUGGCAAGUGGACCAGGCCAUUCUGUCGGAGGAGGACCGGGUCGUGGUGAUCCGGUUCGGCCACGACUGGGACCCCACCUCCAUGAAGAUGGACGAGACGCUAUACUCCAUCGCAGACAAGAUCAAGAACUUUGCGGUGAUCUACCUGGUGGACAUCUCGGAGAUUCCGGACUUUUGCAAGAUGUACGAACUUUACGACCCCUGCACGGUCAUGUUCUUCUACCGGAACAAGCACAUCAUGAUCGAUCUGGGCACCGGAAAUAACAACAAGAUCAACUGGGCUAUCGAGGACAAACAGGAGAUGGUGGACAUUAUCGAGGUGGUGUACAGGGGGGCCAGGAAGGGACGGGGUCUCGUGGUGUCACCCAAGGACUACUCAACCAAGUACAGAUACUAAAGUUCAAAGUUCACAAACAGGGGUCAAGUGGUCUGUGGUGUUACCCAAGGACUACUCUACCAAGUACAGUACAGAUGUCAAUACUAAAGUUCACAAACUAAAACAUAGUAGAAGUCACAUGAUGUCACUUAGAUGCAUAUUAAAAGUCACAAGCAGAGUUCGUGUGUACCUUGAACGUCCAGACUAUGGCACAGAGGCUAAUGGGCUUUUGCUGGGCACCCUAGCAUCAUCUCCCAUAAAACGUAUUAAGCUGGCCAACAGAGUUAGGGCUUACGCUGCCCAUAGGUAGCCUGCUGAAUGGAUCUAAUUUACAGGACAUGUUUAGGGGCGUGCCUUAAAGCCCAGUAGACACCACCCAGUACUCCCAGGCUGUCCAGUGUAGGUCUCGUGGUGGCUGCCAAGAACUACUCAAGCAAGUACGUACAAAUACUGCAAAUCACAGUUGAAGUACAGUAAAUCAUGAAAUGUUAGCAGGUCUAUUUUGGAAGUUGCCACAACAUCAUGACACUGAAUAUGCAAUUCCAAUUUGUUCAUACUGUACUGCAGAAUUGUUUCAUCCCUGAACUGAAAACAGCAUAAGCUAAGAUUUCCUUUCCCUCCUAUCCUAAAAUUAGGUCCAGACUUGGGCCCACCCUAGUCAGUGCAUCCAACAACUUCGAAGAUCACUCCAUCUGAUACAAUGGCAAAAUUGCCUUUAAUCUAUAUAUUUUUAAUGGUAUUGUAUUUCCAGCACAUGGAAACAUUAGACAUUGUACACAAGCGUAGUAAGUAACUGUAUUACACAUAUGGCUUUUUUUUCUUCUUAAUCUGCUCUUUAUGUAGUAGGUUGAUCUUUGAAUAAGUUUCAUGGAGUGAUUCAAAUUUUCCUUGUCAAUCAUAAAGAAAUCAGACUUAUGUACAGUCAGCAAAGAUUGUCCUUUUUCCAGAGUAUUAUAAAACAGCCAGAACUUUAAGUUUAAGUCUGAGAAGUUCAUCUUUAGAUGCCCUUGGUCAAUUGGUGUAUUUAUUAGGACAUUAAAAGGCAAGAGUAUUUACAUCCAUUAUCUGAACAUGCAGGGAAAUUUGGAAGGUAUUGGCCAGUGUUAGGCUGUACAUGAAUUUUUAAUGGUAGUAAGAUACAGUUCUUGUCAGCAAUACUAUAGUGACCUGUCUAUUAGUAUUAGAAUUUUGCUUUUUAUUGUUUUCAUGUAUUAGUGAAAUAUAUACUGAUUAUUUGGUGUAUGUAAUGUUGUCUCAUUCAUGAUAUUUCCGCCUACUCAACAGGAAUGCUAAUUCGAGUUCACCUUUACCUAUUUCCAAAACUAGGUAUUAAAGGAUACCAAGUCAAUGGAUGGUGGCAUUCAAAUUGGUAUAGAUAUUGCAAGGUAUUGCAGUUUGAAACCACAAUCUGUCAAAUAAUAUCCCUAGAUACCCUGUUUCUUUAAACAAUGAAUAGGUUACUCUAUGGAUAAAGGUGUACUGACAUAAUUUUUUUUAAAUAGCAAAGUUUGUCAUCAAACAGCUGAUAAUUUUUUUUUCCAUUUGACAAUAGUAGUUACAUGUAAGCCCUACAAUUUAACAUGUACACAAUGUAUAAGAAUAUCCAUGAAUUCACCUGUCUAAAAUCUAAAAUGACAAAGCACCUCUAACAGUGUAAAACAUUGCCUGUAUCAUACAUGUACUUUAAAUUUUUACUCUCAGUCUUUUGUACAUUAACUUUCAGUCUGAUUAA